GCGUCAGGGUUACGCGCGCCCGCACGUCGCCGGCGGAGGGCUCCUCCCCGCUGGCGACACCCACCGCCGGGCGCGGGGAGGGGGCGGCCGCGGGGCCCGGGCGGCGCGGCGGGGCCGCGGGCGGGGGUAUAUGGCGGCGGUUCUGUCCGCCCUGGCUGCCAGGCUCUCCCAGUCGGCCGCGGCCAGAUCCUACGGGGUGUUCUGCAAGGGGCUGACCAGGACCCUUCUCAUCUUCUUCGACCUGGCCUGGAAGCUCCGCAUCAACUUCCCCUACCUCUACAUCGUCGCCUCCAUGAUGCUCAACGUGCGGCUGCAGGUCCAUAUUGAGAUCCACUGACUUGCGGUUUCGUGUGCUGCUUGUACUGUAUGCUGCAAUUAGAGUCAAUCACACUCUUCUUCAAAUUCAGCCUGUCGUGAAACAGCAAAGCUAUGCUGGUCUUCUUUAGGACUAUGAAGAAAGAAGAUUUAAACCAGAAACAAGUAUGUGGCAGUGGGCCAGAUCAUCGCAAGGCAGCAGCUCACCUGACGCACAUACGUUCUGUGUUGAACAAUUCUCAAAAUCAUAGUAGCAGUUUACAAGAAUUUUAUUUUAACACCAGGAAUUGUUCUCUCUUUAAUACUAUACCUCUGCCUUCUAUUGGCAAGGAAAUGCCUCUGAGUUUGAGUGAAUCAGCAGGGAGGAACUCGAGUGCAGCUGCUCCUUGGAAGGAUUCAUUUCAUCUGUGUUUUUCUUCUGGGAAAGACAGUUGUGAUAGGGUUUUUCACUGCAUUAAUAGUAUUUCAGUAAUGGGCUGGCUGGAGAAAGCUUGUAGUUUUGCUGGAGACUUUAGCUCACGCUGUCCAGGAGACAACUUUGUACAUUUUGCACACUUCUGGCUGGGAAACUUGCUGUAUAAUCAAAAACUGCAGUUUCUGGAAUUAGAAGUGAGCAGGAGCAAAAAGCAUGAAUUGCAGCUUGCAUUUCUUAAAGAGUUGGAGCUUGGUGGACUUCCUGAUCUCUAUUCUAUUCCAGUUGCCUCACUGAAUGAAUAUGCUAUGGGACUCUUAAACAACCAGAAACCAUAUUUUUUUCUUUGUUACUUAAGUCUUGUAUCUUCAGAGCACACGCUUGGAGACAAGAAAAUGCUUUCAAAUAUACAAGAUGUGACUAGUAAAUUUUACAUCAUACAGCUAGUAAUUUCUAUGCUAGCUUUUGCACUAGCAGGUCUCUGGUAUGCAGUAGUGAAGGUAAAAGGGUACUAAGAUUUUAAUAAUUACUAUUUUUAACAUUAAACUUAAUUGACUAAACCGAGACAAGGUUACAGUUCAGGUUUUAGUGAGAAGCAGACAGCUAAAGUAAAAGUUAUACUUGUGUAAUAGCUAGUAAAACUGGCUGUUAGAAUAAUAACAACUUUUUUGGUAAGGAAUAUCUGCCUCUGAGUGGAAAGAACUUCUUAAUCUCAAAACUCUUUGGGACUUCUGCAGCUCUGCCAUUAACACUAGACUAGAACCCAGUGUGAUUGUUUAGCACAGAUCCUUUGUUUUUUUUAGGGUUUGUAUUAGCUGAGUGUUCUGGCUACUGUUUACAACCAUUUCCAGUGAACCUAUUUCUUGUAGAAUUGAAUUCCUGCUCUGAAUCCAACAGUAACUAAUGUAUCAGGCCUUAAAACACUUUGAACUGGAAAGCUGUUGGGAGGGUCGUCUUCAAUACAGCGUAAUUCUCAGCAUUGUUCCUUUUCAAGGAUGGUACUGCUCUAAUUGAAACAAUAUCUCAUGAGCUUUAUUGAGCUACAAUAGACACUAUAAACAAUUUUCUAAAAGAAUGUUUUCUUUCCUUGAAAAAGUGAUUAUUAUCACUGAAGUGUAGUAAUCAUUUCUGGGCCUGUUGACUUUGGCUUUGGGACAGACUCCUGACAGCAGGGUUUGGCAAACAACGGAGUGAGCAUGUUGGAAUCAGUAGAGCUGCUUGUGAAUGAAGAUUUGCAGGAAUAUGCUCCCGUGGGCACUUAAAUGGAGAAACUCAUUGUGCAAUGGGUCAGAAUUUGAACUCGGUGUCCAAAAUUCCUCGCAAGGGAGUUGGUGUAGGUGGGCUUAGUGUGCUCAAGGGGCUUACCUGAAGAGAGAGGUAUUGAUGUGGUCGGUUAGGAUGUGUUCUCAGCUCACUCCUCACUCUGAGUUAAAAGUGAGGACUUAAUGCAGUGUAAAGUCAGGCCGGUGAUUCACACACACCAAGUAUCUUUUUUCCUAGCUAGCUUACCUCAUUUUGGAAACAGAGUAAGUGUUGUUGCAUUUAGUUUGAACUGAAUUCACCUGGAAAGCCAGUAGAGUUUCUAAUGGGAUGUUUCUUUGGGUGUUAGCAUAAUUGUGUAGAGAUAUCCUUGAUUAUGAAGAUGAGAUGCUGGUUAUCAGUGUUAUGGGGAGAAAUGUUGGAAUUUUUUAACCUUAUUUGAGUGCUGAAAGUACGAUAUACUACUCCUUAUGUUAAAUGAGAUGUUGUGUUUUUAUCAUC